AUGGCUGCCUUUGAGUUCGAAGCCGCAAACAAAUUCGCGCUAGAUCUUCAUAAAUGCCUGAAAAGUACCGAUAAAUUUGCCGGUGAAAACCUCUUCUACUCUCCUGCAAGUUUACUGAUUGCACUUGCGAUGACUUCUCUCGGAACGAGGGGGAAUACUGCUUUGGAACUAAUGAAAGUUUUGCACGUGGAUUCAGUUUCAUCAGAUGAUUUGGGCAAGAGCAUGAAGAACUUCAUCGAUAGCUUGAAUAGGGCGAGCGAUGAGAACAACAAGCUUCUGAUAGCUAACCGACUCUUCGUGCAAAAGAGCUUCGAAAUCCUGUCGUCCUUUCAACAAGGAAUGCGAGAGUUCUACCGCGCUGAAAUCGCUUUGGUAGACUACAUUGCAAAUGUCGAGAAAGCCAGAGAAGAGAUCAACAAAUGGGUCGAACAGCAAACAAACGAUAAGAUUAAAGAUCUUAUUCCUGCAGGUAUGCUGGGUUCGGAUACCAGGCUGACUCUGGUGAACGCGAUCUACUUUAAAAGUGUGUGGCAAGAGAAGUUCAAAAAAGAAGACACAUUCACAGGGUCAUUCUUCCCGUCACAAAAAGAAGAAAUGAAAGUUGAAAUGAUGUGCCAGGAAGGUGAUUUUAAGUUUGUGGAAUCAAAGGAUCUGGCUUGUCAAAUUCUUGAAAUGCCAUACCUGGGUAAUAAAUUGUCUAUGGUAAUCUUUCUUCCCGUGGAAAUUGAUGGUCUGGCCAAGCUGGAAAACAGGAUCACUUAUGAGACUCUUCAGCAGUCACUAUCCCUGCUUGAUGGUUCAAUGGGUGAAGUUGAAGUCAUUUUGCCUAAAUUUAAGCUGACUCAGCAGUUUGACCUCAACAACGUGUUGGCAAAGAUGGGAGCAGAAGAGAUGUUUAUUCCUGGAAAGGCUGACCUUUCUGGUAUCUCAAGUGAGCCAUUGUGUGUUUCAAAGAUUGUGCACAAGGCAUUUGUCGAGGUGGAUGAAGAAGGCACCGAAGCAGCUGCUGCUACUGCUAUUGGUGUGGCUGUAAUGAGUAUGCCUUUGCCGAAGCCAAUGUUCAAAGCUGAUCACCCUUUCCUGUUCAUUAUAAGACAAAAUGAAUCAGGAGCCAUUCUGUUCCUUGGUCGGCUUAUGAAACCAAGUCUUGAAUAA